AUGGCAUCAACAUUGGUGCUGAAUGGAAGAGAGUGUCUGAAUGGAAGAGAGUGUCUGAAUGGAAGAGAGUGUCUGAAUGGAAGAGAGUGUCUGAAUGGAAGAGAGUGUCUGAAUGGAAGAGAGUGUCUGAAUGGAAGAGCGUGUCUGAAUGGAAGAGAGUGUCUGAAUGGAAGAGAGUGUCUGAAUGGAAGAGAGUGUCUGAAUGGAAGAGAGUGUCUGAAUGGACGAGAGUGUCUGAAUGGAAGAGAGUGUCUGAAUGGAAGAGAGUGUCUGAAUGGAAGAGCGUGUCUGAAUGGAAGAGAGUGUCUGAAUGGAAGAGAGUGUCUGAAUGGAAGAGAGUGUCUGAAUGGAAGAGCGUGUCUGAAUGGAAGAGAGUGUCUGAAUGGAAGAGGGUGUCUGAAUGGAAGAGAGUGUCUGAAUGGAAGAGAGUGUCUGAAUGGAAGAGAGUGUCUGAAUGGAAGAGAGUGUCUGAAUGGAAGAGCGUGUCUGAAUGGAAGAGAGUGUCUGAAUGGAAGAGAGUGUCUGAAUGGAAGAGAGUGUCUGAAUGGAAGAGAGUGUCUGAAUGGAAGAGCGUGUCUGAAUGGAAGAGAGUGUCUGAAUGGAAGAGAGUGUCUGAAUGGAAGAGAGUGUCUGAAUGGAAGAGAGUGUCUGAAUGGAAGAGCGUGUCUGAAUGGAAGAGAGUGUCUGAAUGGAAGAAAGUGUCUGAAUGGAAGAGAGUGUCUGAAUGGAAGAGCGUGUCUGAAUGGAAGAGCGUGUCUGAAUGGAAGAGAGUGUCUGAAUGGAAGAGAGUGUCUGAAUGGAAGAGAGUGUCUGAAUGGAAGAGAGUGUCUGAAUGGAAGAGCGUGUCUGAAUGGAAGAGAGUGUCUGAAUGGAAGAGAGUGUCUGAAUGGAAGAGAGUGUCUGAAUGGAAGAGAGUGUCUGAAUGGAAGAGCGUGUCUGAAUGGAAGAGAGUGUCUGAAUGGAAGAAAGUGUCUGAAUGGAAGAGAGUGUCUGAAUGGAAGAGCGUGUCUGAAUGGAAGAGCGUGUCUGAAUGGAAGAGAGUGUCUGAAUGGAAGAGAGUGUCUGAAUGGAAGAGCGUGUCUGAAUGGAAGAGAGUGUCUGAAUGGAAGAGAGUGUCUGAAUGGAAGAGAGUGUCUGAACGGAAGAGAGUGUCUGAAUGGAAGAGAGUGUCUGAAUGGAAGAGAGUGUCAGAAUGGAAGAGAGUGUCUGAAUGGAAAAGAGUGUCUGAAUGGAAGAGAGUGUCUGAAUGGAAGAGAGUGUCUGAAUGGAAGAGAGUGUCUGAAUGGAAGAGGGUGUCUGAAUGGAAGAGGGUGUCUGAAUGGAAGAGGGUGUCUGAAUGGAAGAGAGUGUCUGAAUGGAAGAGAGUGUCUGAAUGGAAGAGAGUGUCUGAAUGGAAGAGAGUGUCUGAAUGGAAGACUAGCAAGAGGAACCAAUGGUUGA